CCCAUUUCGCCCCCUAGAACCCUAGCCGCCGCCGCAGCGGCAUCCCAGGUAGGGUAAGGAAGCAGGAGCGUACCCCGCCGCCGCCGCCGCCGCCGCCAUGAAGCGCAACCCCCGCGUCACGAGCUCCCGCCGGAAGUGCCGCAAGGCGCACUUCACGGCCCCGUCCUCCGUCCGCCGCGUGCUCAUGUCCGCGGCGCUGUCGACGGAGCUCCGCCACAAGUACAACGUGCGCUCCAUCCCGAUCCGCAAGGACGACGAGGUGCAGGUUGUGCGCGGCACCUUCAAGGGCCGCGAGGGGAAGGUGGUGCAGGUGUACCGCCGCCGCUGGGUCAUCCACGUCGAGCGGAUCACCCGCGAGAAGGUGAACGGCUCCACCGUCAACGUGGGCAUCCACCCCUCCAAGGUCAUCGUCACCAAGCUGAAGCUCGACAAGGACCGCAAGGCGCUCCUCGACCGCAAGGUACGCGGCCGCGCCGCCGACAAGGCCAAGGGCAAGUUCACCGCCGACGACGUCGCCGCCGCUGCUGGUGGGGCCGGCGCCACCGGUGCCUCCCUCCAGGAGAUCGACUAGGCGCUGCGCGGCGGGGAUCUGAUGGUGGUCGUGCUGCCUUUCCCUCCUUAUCGCUCGCUCUAGUUUUGCUAUCUAUGAUUAUGUGGAUUUUAUGUGUCUGAGAUUUGAGAUAUGAAGUACUCGUUACAUGGUUAAUCAUUUCACUUCGUUGAUCUUAUCUUCUAAA